CGGGAGGCCCCAGGGGCGUGGCCACUCGGACGAGAAAGGCUUCCCCGGCUCGUACCGAAAUCUUCAUCGUUUGUCCUCCGGGUCCUGGAGCCCUGCUGGCAGAAGGGGAGCGAAUGGGAGUCUCCACAGCCCCGCCGCCCUCCCGCAGUAUGAAAACCCUGAAGAAGCGGCGGCUAGAAGUACUGAGCUCCUGCUAUACUGCGCGCCUGCUAUACUGCGCGCCUGCUAUACUGCGCGCCUACUGCUACGUGCGCACUUGCCUCUUCACGGUUCUUCUCUUCCUCCUCUUCACGUCGCUCUGGUAUUUCUCUGUUCUCUGCUUGGUGUGGUUCUUCCUGGACCGGGACACACCUGCCCAAGGAGGAAGGCGUUCUGAGUGGAUGAGGAACUGGACUGUUUGGAAGCACUUAAGGGAUUAUUUUCCCAUAAAACUGGUGAAAACGGUAGAGCUGCCCCCUGACCAGAACUACCUGCUGGUCGCUCACCCACAUGGGAUCAUGGCCAUGGGAAUCCUCUGUAACUUCUCCACUGAGAGCUCCAGCUUCUCCCAGCAGUUCCCCAGGCUUCGGCCCUUGACGGCCAUGCUGAAUGGCCUCCUCCAUUUCCCAGUCUACCGAGGCUACCUUCUAUCCUUUGGAGGAUGUUCCGUGAACCGCCAGAGCCUGGAUUUUAUUCUGUCUCAGCUUCACGUCGGGCAGGCUGUGGUCGUCCUGGAGGGGGCCCACGAGUCCCUGUAUGCCAUCCCAGGGGAGCACUGCCUCACUGUCCAGAAUCGGAAAGGCUUUGUCCACCUGGCACUGAGGCACGGCACUUCUCUGGUGCCCGUGUACUCCUUUGGGGAGAAUGAUAUCUUCAGAGUUAAGGCUUUUGCCCCAGACUUGUGGCAGCAUCUGUGCUAGAAGAUGCUGGGCUUCAAGAAGCUCCUGGGCUUUUCUCCUUGCAUCUUCUGGGGCUGUGGUCUCUUCUCAACCAACUCCUGGGGCCUGGUGCCCUUCUCCAGGCCCAUGACCACUGUGGUGGGCUGCCCCAUCCUGGUGCCCCAGUGUCUCGGGCCCACCGAGGAACAGGUUGACCACUCUCACAUGCUCUACGUGAAGGCUCUGGAGCAGCUGUUUGAUGAGCACAAGGAAAGCUGCGGUGUCCCAGCUUCCACUCGCCCCACCUUCAUCUAGCCCCGGCCUUACCCCUCCCCCCACACUCACCAGCCCCACCAGCCCCCGAUCCCAGUGCCCUGAGACCCCCACCUACUGCCAUACUACUGUACCAAUAAAAGGUAGUUCUCUCACACCACUACUUCA